CGCCCGCCCGCCCGCCAGCCGAGCCCGCCGCGCCGCGCCGCGCCGAGCGGAAGAUGGUGGCGGCGCCGUGCGCCCGGAGCCUGGCCCGGCGCUCGCGCUCGGCGCUGCUGGCGGCGCUCACGGUGCUGCUGCUGCAGACGCUGCUCGCCUGGAAUUUCAGCAGCCUGGACUCGGGGCCCGGGGCCGGGGCCGCGGCCGGGGGGCGCCGCGGGGGCGCCGCGGGGGCCGGCGGGGCGGCGGAGCGCCCCAACCCGGCCCCGGCCCCGGGCCCGCGCCGCGAGCGCCGGGACCUGCCCGCGGCGGCCCGCGGAGCCGGCGGCCCCGGAGGAGCUGGGGGAGCCGGCGGAGGACGCGGGGCCCCGGCGGCGCGGGCGCGGGGAGCCGGCCCCGGAGAAGCCCGCGCGCAGCAGCCGGCCGGCCGCGGGGCGCUGCCCGGCCGAUCGCGGGACCCGCACCCGAGUCCGCUGAUCGCGCUGGGGACCCCGGAUGGAUACUUGUCUCACCGGCCCAAGGAGAAAGUACGAACAGACAGCAACAAUGAAAACUCGGUCCCUAAGGACUUCGAGAAUGUAGACAAUAGCAACUUCGCACCCAGGACUCAAAAGCAGAAGCACCAGCCAGAGUCUGCGAAGAGACCCCCGGGUCGGCAGAAGGAGCGGCUGCAGAGGAAACCAGAGCCUCAGGACAAAGGACAUUUGGUCCCAGGGAAAGGCUUCAAGGAGGCGCUACCUCUGGGCCGGAGAGCCGCAGCCAACAGCAGCCAGGCAAAGGAUGUGCCCGGACAGCCCCAUGCCAGGAAAAGCGGCGGUGCCUCCCCAGAGGCCAAAUACGAGCAGCCACCCAAGUGCGACAUCUCAGGCAAAGAGGCCAUCUCCGCCCUGUCCCGCGCCAAGUCCAAGCACUGCCGCCAAGAGAUCGCCGAGACCUACUGCCGCCACAAGCUGGGGCGGCUGAUGCCAGAGAAGGUGACCCGCUUCUGUCCUCUGGAGGGCAAGGCCAACAGGAACGUCCAGUGGGACGAGGACUCAGUGGAGUUCAUGCCGUCCAACCCCGUCAGAAUCGCCUUCGUCCUGGUCAUCCACGGCCGCGCCUCCCGCCAGCUGCAGCGCAUGUUCAAGGCCAUCUACCACCGGGACCACUUCUACUACAUCCACGUGGACAAGCGCUCUAAUUACCUGCACCGCCAAGUGCUCCAGUUUGCCGCGCAGUACAGCAACGUGCGGGUCACCCCCUGGAGGAUGGCCACCAUCUGGGGCGGAGCCAGCCUCCUGUCCACCUACCUGCAGAGCAUGCGCGACCUCCUGCAGAUGCCCGACUGGCCCUGGGACUUCUUCAUCAACCUCAGCGCCGCCGACUACCCCAUCAGGACGAAUGACCAGCUGGUGGCAUUUCUCUCCCGGUACCGAGAUAUGAAUUUCCUGAAGUCACACGGCCGGGACAACGCAAGGUUCAUCCGGAAGCAAGGCCUGGACCGGCUCUUCCUGGAGUGCGACGCCCACAUGUGGCGCCUGGGGGACCGGCGCAUCCCCGAGGGCAUCUCCGUGGACGGGGGCUCCGACUGGUUCCUGCUGAACCGCAAGUUCGUGGAGUAUGUGACGUUCUCCACGGACGACCUGGUGACCAAGAUGAAGGAGUUCUACUCUUACACGCUGCUGCCGGCCGAGUCCUUCUUCCACACGGUGCUGGAGAACGGCCCCCACUGCGACACCAUGGUGGACAACAACCUGCGCAUCACCAACUGGAACCGCAAGCUGGGCUGCAAGUGCCAGUACAAGCACAUCGUGGACUGGUGUGGCUGCUCCCCCAACGACUUCAAGCCGCAGGACUUCCUCCGCUUCCAGCAGACGGCCCGGCCCACCUUCUUCGCCCGCAAGUUCGAGGCCGUGGUGAACCAGGAGAUCAUCGGUCAGCUGGACUACUACCUGUACGGGAACUACCCAGCGGGCACGCCGGGCCUGCGCUCCUACUGGGAGAACGUCUACGACGAGCCCGAGGGCGUGCACAGCCUCAAUGACGUGAUGCUCAGCCUGCUGCACUCGUUCACACGCCUGGGCCUGCGGCGGGCCGCCGCCUCCCUGCGCCCCAGCUCCGACGCCACCGAGGAUAGCUGCAGGUACUACCCCAUGGGCCACCCAGCCUCCGUCCACCUCUACUUCCUCGCGGACCGCUUCCAGGGCUUUCUGAUCAAGCACCACGCCACCAACCUGGGUGUGAGCAAGCUCGAGACUCUGGAGACGUGGGUGAUGCCGAAGAAAGUCUUCAAGGUCGCCAGUCCCCCGAGUGACUUCGGGAGGCUCCAGUUCUCUGAGGUGGGCACUGACUGGGACGCCAAGGAGAGGCUUUUCCGCAACUUUGGGGGGCUCCUGGGGCCGAUGGACGAGCCGGUGGGCAUGCAGAAGUGGGGGAAGGGGCCCAAUGUGACGGUGACCGUGGUCUGGGUGGACCCCAUCAACGUCAUCGCCGCCACCUACGACAUCCUGAUCGAGUCCACGGCAGAGUUCACGCACUAUAAGCCCCCCCUGAACUUGCCCCUGAGGCCCGGGGUGUGGACAGUGAAGAUCCUCCACCACUGGGUGCCGGUGGCCGAGACCAAGUUUCUCGUGGCCCCUCUGACCUUCUCCAACAGGCAACCCAUCAAGCCCGAGGAGGCGCUGAAGCUGCACAGUGGGCCCCCUCGCAACGCCUACAUGGAGCAGAGCUUCCAGAGCCUGAACCCGGUGCUCAGCCUGCCCAUCAGCCCGGCCCAGGUGGAGCAGGCGCGGAGGAACGCGGCCUCCACGGGCGCGGCCCUGGAGGGCUGGCUGGACGCACUGGUGGGCACCAUGUGGACGGCCAUGGACGUGUGCGCCACCGGCCCCAGCGCCUGCCCCGCCAUGCAGGCCUGCAGCCAGACGGCCUGGAGUUCCUUCAGCCCCGACCCCAAGUCGGAGCUGGGCGCCGUCAAACCCGACGGCCGGCUCAGGUAGCACCGGCGCAGGCCAGCAACGGGAGCCACAGCCUGAGCCUAGUCGAGGAGCCGCCCGAGGGGGGGGCGGGGCUGGUGGGGCCUGAACCCUCCAGCCUUGCCCACCCCGGGAGGUGAGGGGGCUGGUGUCCUGGGCAGGGCACCCCCCCACCCGAGGCCGUGGGGUGAUGGAGGUUAGGAGGCCACUGCUGAAUCGGCCCACUUUGGGCCUCUGGCCUCUAGAGAGGUGGGGGGCUCAGUCGUGGCCCCACUCGGGUCUCCCCUCACCGGUUGACCCUCACUCCCCUCCCGUAGGUCCCCAUCUCCCCACACCCAUGAUCUGCCCUUGUCCCCCAUACCCUCCCCCCCCCACACACACACUGUCCCCACAAGUGAGUUUCCACCUUUGAUGGUGAAUAGCGGGGCUCUGUGUCCUCGCACCGGCGUGGACGCUUACGGUGGCCUGAGCCCCUGGGCGGCCGGUGAGGGCUGUGGAGUGAGGGUCCCCUCUGUGGCCCAGCCCGGCGGUCAGCCCCUCCGUACCGCUUCCCGCCCAGGGGAUCCGCGCUACCCAGUUUGACAAGCACUGCCUGGACCCACGGGGGCUCCAGCACCAGCCCCGCCCCACCUCACGCUGCUCUCUGGCCGGGAAGCCAUUGAGGCACAGCCUGGGGUCCUGGCCAGGGACAGAGGCAGGCCUGGAGCCUCUGGUCCCCCAGAAGCUGACUGCCCCCUGUCCCGUCUCCCCCGUAGCUGUCACACACAGGGCAGAGCAGGGAGGUGCAUCUGAGCUUGGGUCCCAGGGAGACCAGCGCCUCCAGUCCUGGCCUGAAACUCCCCAGCAUGUUGCUUGGAGCAGCUCCUGAGCUGGGGAGAUUGGGGGGGGGGGGUGGCAGCAAAACCUAUUACCUGCCACAGCCCCCCCGCCCCACCCUGGGGCCAGGAGCCCUCUGAGUGUUUGUGACUCGGUGCUGUUGGCAAUGACCAAGCUGCAUGGGCCCAUCAUGCCCCACCCAAAGGAAGGCAUUUCAGAUUCGGUUCUUAAUGUCAUACCUUCCCCAUCCCAGGGCGCCCCCCCCCCCAGAUCUGCCCCAGGGGACCCAGAAGAUGAGUGCCAAGGGGGAGAGGCUCGUUAACGUGAAGAAGGAUCAGCUGUCACUCGAGUUUCUUGCCAUGGGCAUUCGGGGGGGGGGGGAGGUGUCACUGCCCUCUCACCUGAGGAGCCUCCCCCAGGGGACUCCCCCUUUCUCCUCAAGCCCCUACCCCGAAUGAGAGGGCUCCCUGGCAAACACGAGCCCUGCGCUUCCCAAGGCGAGCCAGUGGGUCCUCGAGUCCCUCCCGGGCAGGCCCGUGGGCGGCCUGACCACCGCGCUGCCCUCACCCGCGAGCGAUGGAGGACACGGAGAAGGGACUCUAGAUAUUUAUUAUUUAUAUGUUUUAGUCAAUGACUAAUUAGUAGGUGCUGUUUUGACAGCUUGUCAAUUAUGUUAUCUUACUAACUGAAGCUGCCUUUAUUCACAAAAGGCUCCCAUUCUUUCUCCCAUUCCCAUCCCCAUUCUCUCUCUCUCUCUCUCUCUCUCUCUCUCUCUCUCUCUCUCUCUCUCUGUCUUUCUGCCCCUGCCCUCCAUCCUCCUGUCCUCAGAGUAGAGUAGGGAUACUGGGCACCAUGUGCCCCCCAGUGUGGAGUGGAGUGGGCUCCUCCCGGGUCCUCAGAGCCUCACUCUUCCUCACGCUGGCUCUGGCCCCACGAACCCAAGACAGAGGGAACUCCCAAGCCAUCCCCAACACGGGGAUGCAACAGGGUGAAGGCUUGGGGAACAAAGGAGUGCGCUGGCUGCAGAGAGCCUGGGCCGACCCCACUUGUGCCACGGAGGGCUUUCCAGACCCACUUCAACCACAGGCCUCUGGGUGAAGUCACAGAGGGAAACGGACGCCCGCCAAGGGCCACCCAUCCUGAGAUGGG